UGAAAUUUUACGGUAAUACCAACUCUACACUGUAGAGAGAUAAACAAAUCCAACAUCUUUCAUAAAAAUCCCAAAACUCUGAGGCAGAAGAAUCAGAUCGAUAUAUUUUAAGGGGACAGACUAAAUUGUAACCAAAGGACAAAGAAUAACCACAAGAGGAACCGUAAAUUCUGUGUCUCACAGGUGGAAUGACCGUGAAGAACAUCAGGUGGAGACUGGGAGAAUGGAGAAGCAAAACUCAGAUCAUCUGAUGAUGUUUGUUCAUGUCCUACAUGUUUUAUAUUAUUCAUCCUUGAGGUUAAAACUUAAAAAGUUGAAACCUUUUUCAAAAUAAGAGCACAAUUUGCAACUCAAACUUAAGACACAGUGACUAAUCAAAUUGGAAUCGAGGAAAUGACUUCAAUAAAUAAUGAUGUUACACCUGGGGGCGUGACGUCAGCAUUUACAACCAACCAAGGCGCUCCCACAGACACCUUUUUUGGUAAUCCGCUUUGACGAGCUGAGCUGUUCGUUCAGCACCACCGCGCGCGCUCUCUGCGCCUGAAAUAGUCUUAUUAGUGCAAGACACAUUAACGGGCUUAGAGUGACAGACUCACACUUGAUUGGAUUUUCUGCUCCACGGUCAUGGCGCUACUUUAUGGAAAGAGUUAGGAUCGCGUUAUUGUUUGAUUUUUCGCCAGGUUUGGCUUUUACGCGCGACAGAGAGCAGUCCACACCAGAUUUUUGGGGAGGUUUGUUUGCGCGCAACGACACCCAGGAGCGAAAUGUUUUACCUCUUGUACGGAUUGUUGUGCUUUUGUGCCAUGGAGCGCGCCAGACUGACCAGAGGCCAGGAGGACGACGGGAAGCGCUACAUCUGCCGCGCGGUGGCCAUCAGCGGGGACCCCAGCUGUCCGGUGACGCUGCUGCCCGACCUGAGCGUCGGUGGCCAGGAAGAGGAGCUCCGAAACACCGUCAUGCAGCUGCGGGAGACCAUAUCACAGCAGAAAGAAACCAUUUCCAAGCAGCUGGGCACCAUCAACGAGCUGACCACGAAGCUGUCCCUUUGCGCGUCAGCCACUAACGACAGGAAGUACGGGAAAGGGGGCUCGUGGGGGAAAGACAAGCAAAACACGAUGGGAGAUGUUCCGAGAGAUCCCAAUGACUCCAUAGAGAAUUUAGGAAAAACCAUGCAGGGGCUCAAGGACCGGCUGGAGAACUUGGAGCAACAGCAGAUGAGGGCCAACGUAUCUGGCGUCUCGUUCCCGAGUGAGCUCCGGGACCUGCUGCAGCGCCGGCUGGGCGAGCUGGAGAAGCAGCUCCUGAAGAAGGUCAGCAGCCUGGAGGAGGAGAAGAGCGUGCUGUCCAACGCCACGGCGGCCUACAGAAUGAAGACAGAGAGCGCCCUGAACGCUCUGGUGGAGCGGAUCAGCGAGCUGGAGAAAGGAGGAGGGGACUUCAAGUCUCCAGAGCAGUUCAAGCUGUGCCUCCCUCAGAGGACCAACUACCUGUACGGCCGGAUCACCAAAACCCUCCCGGAGAUGUACGCCUUCACCAUCUGCAUGUGGAUCCGGUCCAGCUCCAGCCCCGGCAUCGGGACGCCGUUCUCAUACGGAGUGCCGGGCCAAGCCAACGAGAUCGUUCUGAUCGAGUGGGGGAACAACCCCAUCGAGCUGCUCAUUAACGACAAGGUUGCUCAGCUGCCCUUGGAGGUGCGUGAUGGAAAGUGGCACCACAUCUGCAUCUGCUGGACCACCAGGGACGGCCAGUGGGAGGCUUAUCAAGACGGGGAGAGGCUGGGAGCGGGGGACAACCUCGCAGCCUGGCACCCCAUCAAACCUGGAGGGGUCAUCAUCCUGGGACAGGAGCAGGAUGUGGUGGGUGGCCGCUUCGACGCAGGACAGGCUUUCGUGGGGGAGCUGAGUCAGGUGAACAUUUGGGAUCGGAUCCUGAAGCCGACGGAGAUCCAGUCCAUGGCGAACUGCAGCUCCUACAUCCCGGGGAAUGUCAUCUCCUGGCUGGCGAGCAACGUGGAGGUUUUCGGAAGAGGGGCGUCCAAACGGCCCCUGGAGAUCUGUCGGGAGCGCGUCCCCAACGCCUAGACCUCUGCCAUCUGCCUCACCGCUUGUUUGCUGGUUUUUCCCAAAACUUUUUGUAGUAUUUUACAGAAUUGAUCGCUUUCACAUUGGUCUGUGGAUUCAUUUGACAGAAAAUGUGUGGCUUUAAUGUUGCUUUAUUUACUUAUUUUGACCAAAUGGAACAUUUUAGAGGAAAUUUGUCCCAGUUGUAACAGGUUGGAACUAUUGACUGUAAAUGAGAACUGGACUGAGUAACCCCUUCCCCUUGACGUUCCAAAGAGGAAGUACCUGAUGGCUCCAAAAAGCCAUAUAAAUGGACCAAUCAGAUGCCUCAAUAUAAGUAGGUGGAGCCUGCUGGCCUCAUGUAUCCCGCUUUCAAAUGGUAGGGGUGCAGCCCUAUGUAAAAAUCGGAUCAAUUAACAAAAGUUCUGUAGUUUGUUACACUUAAAAAUAUUAGUCUUUUCAGAUUAUAUUUUAAGUUGAGUAAACAUCAACUCCAAUUUUUAAUUUGAUAAAA